GGAAGGACCAUUAUCAUGUCAAAUCUCUUCGAUGAUUUCAAUUGUUACAAUAUCAGUGAUGGUAGGCAUUUAGCCAACCUUCCAACCCCCAUUAUCCACAAUGUUCCCCUACCUUCACUAUUCAUUGAAGGUGGCCAAUCUAUAUUGUGCGGGAGCUCCUGUGGAUAUGUUUUGCUAUAUUCUGGAAACAUGGAUAAUGUCCUUCAGGUAUUGAGACACUGUGGU